AUGGGAGAUCAUGGCAGCUCUCCAACAUGCCUAUCAGCAGAGCCUCAUGGUCCAGCUGAAGGGAGCCACGGAACCAUUCGAGACCACACUGCUCACUAUUUUGGUUGCAUCGAGAUCGCUGAUCGAGUCAACUAUCUGAGCCGAGAGAAAAACUCGGAUCUCUGGGAUCACGAGAUUCAAAUCGAGGCUGAGAGGCUGCAGCAACGAAAGCCUACCAUCAGUGAGGACGAACGGCUAAAGACUGCGAAAGAAAAGGUUGAAGCUAGAAUCAAGAGUCUCGCUGUGAGCAUUGAAGCGCAAUACAAGCGAACGGACAUCCUUCGGAAAGCACUCUCGGAGGUGAGAUGUCCCCAAUGCAAAGAUGAACCUCCAAACAAGGACGUAGAGGACCCGGCGAAUCAACACCCUCAGUGCGACCUGGUUCAUCUUGUAUCUCACAGUCACGAGGAAUGGAAGAAUUCGGACAGUUACAAGAAGGGUAUCGAGAUCAUCCAAGACUGGAAACGAUACAAAACAUCAUCGGCACAGAGUAGCGAUGUUGAGGACGAGCAUGUCACAAAUAGUCCGAGUUUAUUAAGCAAUGGCCAGCUCAGAUUGGCACCUGAGAGGGAAGAGGCUCGCAAGAUCAUCCGGGACGGUCAUACCGAUGUCGAUUAUGCCUUUGAAGAAGAUGAAGACACACCCUCGUACGAGCUGGAACGAGAUAUGAACGGGUACCUCAUCCAGUGGAAGAUUUUGAAACCUGGAGAGUCACUCAAAAAGCUCGACUCGCACACGCCAAUCAACAUCUCCCCAACGUCGGUCAAUUUCACCCUUCCCUCACAGCUCCCAUCUCUUCCCCCUUCUCCUCGGCGAGCUCCUCGACCUCGGGCAGCUAGAGCGCCGAGUGAAGCUACAGUUCAAUUCGAAGCUACAGACCACAAGCCAAAGGAACGUCCGACCGGGCCCAGUCGCUUGCGCUCUGGGACACUGCAAUCCGCCUCCUAUCUCGAGCCUUACACAGAACAGGAGAGAUAUCUGGAGCCGUUGACCGAGAACCUCACCGAUUACCGUUUCAAAGGGAAUUUUCCUGAUCAGAGACUGACGUUGCAAAACCUUCUCGACCCAGCACCGGAAAGGCCAGAGCCUCAGGACGUAAUCCUAUCUCGAGAUCGACCAAACAAGGAUGGAAGAGUGCGGUACUUCCAUAUACCGCAUAACAACAUGCAGGUGAGAGAGAUCAUCGCGUUCAAACGAGAGCUUCAUUCUAAUCUCACUGGGCUCAUUCCGUUGCAGGAAGCCAUCGCACGUUACUUCAACGAGGAGUGUCCACUGUCCGACGGAAUUUACCGAAACCCGUUGAAAACGCACAGCCGUAUGAUCUUACGUCCUGAAUAUUGGAGAGGUCAACAGCAUGGUGGCAGGCGCACAUUGGUACAUGCUAGACAUAUGCGUGCUAUUUGCGAGCGUAUCUCGUCGAGGAUCUGGGAGGUGGAAGACAACCCUGAUAACCUUGUGCUAUUUAUGCCCUACUUACACUGGGAGGAAGAUCGUAAGCGUGACAAGAUGGCUAAAAUAAUUGACAAGGAGUCAGACAGAAAUCGAGAAGAACAUAAGACGCAGCGCAAUAAAGCCCGGGAACAGAGAGUAAGGGAACGUACUUACAAGCCAACCACUACCAACGACAAGCAAGUACGAAACUUGCUCGAGCCCGAUCUUUGCCGUAUUAGGCACCACGAUAAAGUUUCUCCAAUACAUAAGAGAAGCAUCCUCAAAGCUUGGGAGAAGAAUGCACGCGGAAAACCUAACGUCAAGCACGAGAUGGUCGACGUUGCUAGUGGAUUAGCAACGGGCGGGCUUGUUGAACAUGAAUACGGCAGUGAUGGCCACAACCUAUGGUCUGUUCCCAAGCUGAAGUGCUCCGACCAUGGCAGGUUGCAGAUUGAGAACAAGCUAGGUCAAUUUCUUUUGGACUCCGCUAGACUGUAUGAGGCAAUGUCCAUGUAUAGAGAUCAAUGCCUGGUUGAGAAGUACCUUCACCACGAUCCACCUCUACAUCCUCGGCGCACCCUCGACCAGUCUUACUACUGGACUCUGAAGACAACAAAAGCAAGAGACAGAGACCAAGUUGUUUAUCGCGGUACAACCAUGGAUGAGAGGAACAUCCAUAGAUUUCGAGAACGCCGUGAAGAUCCUGCACAGUCUUGUAAAGACAAGAAACCGUUUUGGCGCUCCGAUGCUCCCUCAACCGCCGAGCAGAGCACUAACUGUGAUGUUUCGGACUCAUCUGAAAGCAACUUUGGCCGUUACAAAUGGGAUGGUCACUGGACGAAGACCGACGAGGACGGCUGCGAUCACUGCAGGGACGAGAUACGUAAGGUGUCCAGGAUCGUCAUGGUCGACCAGCUGUGGAUGUGGAUCUUGGACAAGCGGACGAUCAUCACCAGUUUCCCAAAAAGAUAUGGCGCAAACAAGUCAGAUCCCUCGGGGGUACACAAGUCGAUACGCACCCGUAUCAAGCACGCUCGCAAGAACCAGAUUCGAUCUGUCUUCGAUGUGGCACUCAUCAUUCUCGAUGAGUGCUCGAACACGUUCUUCAACAGAACAAAAACACCAGAUCGACACCCGCAGGUUAUGGACAUAUUCGCAGUGUUGGUAUAUACAUAA